AUGGCGAGAACCAAGCAUUUCGCUUCCAGGGCACGAGAUCGCAAUCCAACUGAUGCCACCGCUUCAUCUUCGCCGGCGGCAGGUCCGAGUACGACCCCAGCGAGAAGGGGGACUCAAGCUGAAGGUGGAGAUGAUGCCCAACGAACAACUCCUGCAACUUCACCGGCUACUGGUAGAAAAAAAGGGGCUAAGAAAAGUAAACAGGCUGUGCCACAAAGUUCGAACAAGAAGCCUUACCGUUACAGGCCAGGAACUGUUGCUCUGAGAGAGAUUCGCCGAUUCCAGAAGAGCACUGAACUUCUAAUCCCAGCUGCUCCUUUUAUUAGAACAGUGAGAGAAGUAACCCAAGCUUGUGCCCCUCCGGGAAUUCGUUGGACAGCUGAAGCUCUUGUGGCUCUUCAAGAGGCGGCAGAAGAUUACUUAGUUGGGUUGUUCUCUGAUUCAAUGCUCUGUGCUAUUCAUGCAAAACGUGUUACUCUACUGAGAAAAGAUUUUGAGCUUGCACGCCGGCUUGGAGGGAAAGGCAGACCAUGGUGA